AUGGAGUGCUGCAUGUCAGAAGAGGCCAAAGAACAGAAAAGAAUCAACCAGGAAAUAGAGCGGCAACUCCGAAAGGACAAACGCGAUGCGAGGAGAGAACUCAAAUUGCUACUCCUGGGUACGGGCGAGUCGGGCAAGUCCACAUUCAUCAAGCAGAUGAGAAUCAUCCACGGGUCCGGUUACAGCGACGAAGACAAGCGGGGCUUCAUCAAGCUCGUUUAUCAAAACAUCUUCAUGGCCAUGCAGAGUAUGAUACGCGCUAUGGACCUACUCAAAAUACAAUACGGGAAUCCGUCCAAUGGAGAACAGGCGGAGUUGAUAGCUGCAAUCGACUUUGAGAGCGUCACAACCUUCGAGAGCCCGUACGUGGAAGCCAUCAAAGGGCUUUGGGCAGACUCUGGCAUACAGGAGUGUUACGAUCGCAGGCGAGAAUACCAACUCACCGAUUCAGCCAAAUACUACUUGCAGGAGAUCGAUCGCGUCGCGGCACCAAAUUACUUACCGACCGAACAAGACAUCCUGCGCGUGAGAGUGCCCACAACGGGCAUCAUCGAAUACCCGUUUGACUUGGAAGAGAUACGAUUUAGGAUGGUGGACGUGGGCGGUCAGAGAUCCGAGAGAAGGAAGUGGAUUCACUGUUUUGAAAAUGUCACAUCUAUCAUUUUCUUAGUAGCACUUAGCGAAUAUGAUCAAAUUUUAUUCGAGUCUGAAAACGAGAAUCGAAUGGAAGAAUCAAAGGCGUUGUUCAAGACGAUCAUCACGUAUCCAUGGUUCCAGCACUCAUCGGUAAUUUUGUUCCUCAACAAAAAGGAUUUGCUCGAAGAGAAGAUCAUGUAUUCGCAUCUUGUCGACUAUUUUCCCGAAUUCGAUGGUCUGCAACGCGACGCCAGCGCCGCGCGCGAGUUCAUUCUGCGGAUGUUCGUCGAUUUGAAUCCGGACGCGGAGAAGAUUAUUUAUUCGCAUUUUACGUGUGCGACGGACACCGAGAACAUCCGGUUCGUGUUCGCGGCGGUGAAGGACACAAUCCUGCAGUCCAACCUCAAGGAGUACAACCUCGUCUAA